ACAGCAUUUUGUGCGUGUCAAAACGAAGCGCAAGAGAAAAGAGGCUAGCGUGUUUUGUUUUUUUUUUUUUCGCUUUCUCUAGAUCAUUCUUCUUUUCGAUUCAUUGUGCUUGUGUAUCGAUCAUGCAUAUGUGGAAGGAAGAAAUCGUCGCGAGCUCCAUCGCGUCAUUGUUAAUCGUUUCUUCGUUCUCUUCUUCUUUGUAGCCCAGGCUCCCUUGCGAUUCAUUUCAUUCUUUUCGUAGGAGUAUCGAGACCGAGAUCGAGAGUUACCAAAUCUACAGUCUUGCAUUUGUUUCUUGUGAGUAGUGUGAGAAGAACUGGAACUACAUCUUGAGUCGAGAGAUAGCAUGGCCCUCUCGUUCGACAGCAGCGAUGGCUGCGUCCUAUCGGUGGACUCGCACCGAGUUGUGCCGGCGCCAUUCCUGACCAAAACGUAUCAGCUUGUCGACGAUGCCGCUUCCAACGACAUCGUCUCGUGGGGCGAAGACGGCUCCACCUUCGUCGUGUGGAGGCCGCCAGAGUUCGCCCGCGACUUGCUCCCAAACUACUUCAAGCACAACAAUUUCUCCAGCUUCGUGCGGCAGCUCAACACCUAUGGAUUCCGCAAGGUUGUCCCCGACAGAUGGGAGUUUGCCAACGAUUUCUUCCGCAAGGGCGAGCGGCAUUUGCUGUGCGAGAUUCACCGGAGGAAGGCGCAGUGCUCGCUAGCGCAUCUCCAGCACUACGGCUCGCUCUCGCCCUCCACAUCCGGCGACGAUCCCCAGCAGCUUGCAUGCAACUCCAGCGCAGCAGCAGCAGCAGCAGCAGCAGCCGCGGCAUGGUCGUCGUCGCCACUGCACUCUCCAAGGGGCAUUUGCAGCGCCAGCAGCACUGCAGCAGUGAUCACGGCCACAUCGCUCUCCCUGUCCGACGAGAACGAGCGGCUCCGCCGAGACAACUGCAUCUUGCUCUCGGAGCUGGCCAGGCUCCAGAAGCUCUACGACGACGCGCUGCUCUUCCUUCAGCACAACAUGAGGUCCAGUCCUGUCGGUGUAAGUGCCGGGGAUCACGAUCGUCUUUUCCCCCGCACCAGCGCGAUGAUGAUGAGCUCCGCCACCACCGCCGCCACCAGCAGGCAGACGCAACUCCUCCGACACCAGAUGCCUCCGCCGUCACCACUGUCGGCUCAAGAACACCAAACUUCCAGCUUAAUUGGAGGCGGUAUGGUUGUCGGGAGCAGCAAGCUGCUGGGGAUGGAUGCCGCUGCUCCGCGGGCCUCGACGAUCGAUUUCGUGGAUGGAAAGCUGCGGGAGCUCAGUGCCGCGGCAGCCGCGAGGCCGGCUGCCAAGCUUUCACCAUCAUCUCCCGGGAGAGCUAGCGUUGAUGAUCAGCAACGGGAUGUUGAAGAUGAUCACACGAGUCCAGGUGGGAUGAUCAAGUCUGCCGGUCCGAAGCUGUUUGGAGUGGUUUUGCAUGGGAGGAAACGCUUGCAUCCGGAUCAGCAGGCCGACAAUCAAGACGCGGCGGUGAUCAAGGCCGCCAAGAUCGAGCUGGAGCUCAUGCCGUCCACUCGCAGCGAGGCUCCAUGGCUCAAGCUCCGAGCAUCACGAGACGAUAGAGUUUGCAUCUGAAUGGAUCAUGAGAUCCAGGAUCGAUUUAAAUGGAUUCUUUUCUCUUUUUACUCUUGCGAUUCCUAUUCGUGUCGAUCAAAGGGGAAAGGGUGUGCAUUGAAUCUGUCUGUUAAAGACGAAGGAAGAAGAAAGAAGAAGACGAAGACUUUAGUGUUCCAGAUUGUUCCAAAAAGCCGCGCUCUUUUCUUCUCUCUUUUUUCUUCCUUUUGCUUCUUCUAGUCUUUGUUUGUUUCUUCUGGAAGUUAUUUGCAUGCAACAGUGGAAUCAUGAAUUUCGCA